CAAAUGAUUCAAUGAACACAUCUCUCGUAUACCACACUGCAGUAAAGUAGCGUUAGUAGAAUAUAUUUUACAUGUUCAUACAUCACCAUAUCCAAAUCCUGCUUGUAUUAAUUCAUCUAGAAGGUCAACUCUUACUAAAUUUUCAAGCAGAUCACCAAACAUACUUGAAUUUCCUCUCUUUUGAUUACAUAACUCCUCCAAAUUUCCACUUUUAUAAUCAAAUUCCUAACCUCCUCUACUACUAAAUUCCCCAUAACAUGUACAUGAACUUUUAAUCACCAUUCGAACCCUUCGAUUACCAUCUACCAAACGGGCCGUAAAUCUCAAACCCUCCAUCAAUGGAUCCCUCAAUAUGGAGCAGACUACCAGAAGAACUCCUAGAUUACAUCCUCUGUUUUCUCCCUAUUAAAUCGAUUGUCAAUCUCAGAUCAACUUGUAAACGCUUCAAAUUCAUCUUUUUAAACCCAUUUUUUCUUUCCAAAAACUACCCUUGUUCUUCUUCACCUUUCUCUUCUUACCUUAUGCUGUCUCAUCCUCAUUUCAAUUGCUAUUUCCCACUUUACAAUUCUGUUUCCGGCACAUGGCGGGAAUCCUCGGCUUCACGUUCAUUACUGAACCCGUGUUCGUCAUCUUCAGCUCUUCUCUCUGCUUCUAAUGGUCUUCUCUGUUUUCAUCUACCUACAUCCUCAACUUUGUUAGUCUAUAAUCUUUUGUCUCGCUCUUCUAUUCUUGUUAGAUUCCCCAAAUUACCCUUCUCGUUUGAGUUUCUUACUCUGGUUUCCUGCCCCUAUGGUUUCAAAAUUUUCAUUUACUCGUCGAAAUCCAUCUUUCUCUAUGACUCGAAAACCCGAUCAUGGAGGAUUUUUGACGGGUUUGAUCCGAUUUUGAAUGAUAAUAUUCAUCAACAAGGUGUUUACUGUGAUGGGUUUUUGUAUUUUACCAUAUCUUACCCUUUCUCUAUUGUUUCAUUCGAUUUGGAGAACGGUAUUUGGAGAAUUUGUUUCGAUAAAAUGCCUACAAAUGAGCUUACUUUUGCUAGGCUUGUAAUUGCCGAUGAAACUGAACAAGGCAAAAGAGGGAAGAAGUUGUAUGUGAUUGGUGGGGAGGGUAGAAAUGGAAUUUCAAGGUGUUUGAAAUUGUGGGAAUUGGAAUGGCAAAAUGGUAAUAUUGAGAACAAUAGCAAUAAAUGGGUUGAAGUAGAAAGUUUGCCUGAAUUAGUGUACAAGAAAUUGGUAUCAGUUUGCUACCAUAAUUAUGAACAUAUAUAUUGUUUUUGGCAUAAUGGUAUGAUUUGUAUAUGUUGCUACUGUUGGCCAGAGAUUUUGUAUUACAGGGUUGCAAGGAGGACUUGGCAUUGGUUGCCCAAGUGCCCUGAUCUUCCUGAUAAAUGGAGCUGUGGAUUUCGCUGGUUUUCCUUUGUUCCUAAGCUUUAUGCUUCAUUUUGAGUUCAAAUUUGUUCAUGAUUUGGAAUUUGGUGCUACAUAAAUGUUUUGUUUUUCCUAUUUGUACAUAUUUUAUUUCAUUUUCUAGUAUUGUUGAGUUUCUUGGUUAUAAUGGGUUAGUUCUUAUGUAAAUGAUCUAUUAGUGCUCUUCAAAUUGUUGGUUUAUGGUUUUGAAUAGGAGAUAUUGAAAUAAUGCAUAAUAUGAUCAACUUUUGAAUGUGAA